UUAUUAUACGACGAUGGUGUUUGCACGCCACCAACAAAAGAUGCAAAGAUGGAAACUGGCAGGUGCCAAUCAUAACCAGACCAAAAGUUUCUGGUAGCGAAACUGCAAAACACACACUUCCCUCGCAGGGCUCUCGAAUCUCACUCAAUCCCUCCACGCCAACCAACGGCCAACCCGAAACCCUCCCACUGCAGCUCGAGACCUGGACCGGCCAACCCGACUCCGACCCAACCCGAAACAAGCCCACCGGAGUCACCGCGAUGAGACUGAUUGUGCCACUCCAAGGCGUCGUCCAAGGCAGAGGCGGCCUCAUCCUCGCCUCUCUAAUCCCAUGUGCUCUCUAUUACUGCCUCCAGCUCUACCUAAAACGACGGCGACCCUCCAAACCCGAUCCACCUUCCCCCUCCCAGUCCUCCUCCAACCUGGCGGAGCUCCCCAGAACGCUGUCGCGGUCCAGCUUGUCCACCCGCGGGUCCAUGGGCCGGGUCCGGAUGUCCUCCCGGGCGAGCUGGAUUGCGAAGCCCAAUGACUCGCCGUACUAUAUCGGGUUGGAUAGGGCUUCGGAGGACCCGUACGAGAGGGUGGAUAAUCCGGAUGGGGUUAUUCAAGUCGGAUUGUCCGAGAACAGGCUGUGUUUGGAUUUGAUUGAGAAAUGGGUUUCGGAGAAUUUGAUGGAAUCGAUGGUAGGAACGGACGGUAGUGAUUUGAGCAUAAGUGGAAUUGCAGCGAACCAGCCGUUUGAUGGAAUGACUGAGCUGAAAGUAGUAUGAUUGUUCCUAAUCUCUGAAACAUUGUUGGAUAAUUUAGUGAGAUGGUACUUUAAUACGUUAUAAUCGCUCUUCUGUUAUAGUUUCGGUUGCGUAAUUUGUAGGAUAGUGUUAUUUACACA